CAAAAGAACCCUUUAUAUUUUAUCCAAAGUAGAGAACGAAGAACCCAAUGCUCCGGCAUCUAAUCUAACGUAAGAUAAUCUAAUAAAGUCGGGGAGCUACCCGGACGGCGGAAGCCGUCGCUCCCAUGGCCGCCGCCGGCGCCGCCACCAUAACGACGGUGUCGCCGCGCCGCCCCUCCCUCCUCCACCGUCUUAUCGCACUGGACACGGCCUUAUCUCUCCGCAUCUACUCGCUCUGCCGCCCCGUCCCCCGCUCCUUUCUCAAAGCCCUCGAGAUCUCCGGCGAUGGCCGCUUCUGGUUUCCCAUCCCCUUCGCCCUCCUCCCCUUUUCCUCCUCCGCCUCCUCCAUCGCUUUUUCUCUCCUCCUCGCCCUCCUCCUUGGCUCCCUUCUCGACCUCCUCCUCGUCGGCCUCGUCAAGCACCUCGUGCGCCGCCCUCGCCCCGUCUACAACAAGGGCAUGAGCCUGGCCUUCUCCGUCGACCACUGGUCCUUCCCCAGCGGCCACGCCUCCCGCGUUUUCUUCAUCGCCUCGUUCCUCCGCCUCUCCGAUGCCUCCCUCCGCCGCCUCCUUGCCGGCUGCGGCUGUAUCGGCGCCUACUACGGCGGCGACCCGGCUGAGCUCCUGGUGCGCCUCGUCUUGGUCUGGUCUGCCGCCACCUCUGCAUCUCGGGUCCUCCUCGGUAGGCAUUUCGUUCUCGAUGUCGUCGCCGGCUCUUGCUUGGGUGUCUUGGAAGCUUUCAUUGUGUUCUAUUUCUUCAACUUUUACAGGUUUUAAUAUUUUUUGCUUGGGGGAUGGUUUGUUCUAAUCUGCCAACUUUUACAGGUUUCAAUAUUGUUUGCUUGGGGGAUGGUUUGUUCUAAUCUGCUUUCUUUGACUAAAUGGGAUCUUACUUUUACUCAAUUAAGCGAUUUCCUCUUUUCUUUAA